AUGGGCAACACCGUGCCGCCGCGCGCGUCCCGCGAGGCCACCGGCACCGGCAGGAGGGGCGCCGGGACCGGGCGGAGGCGCUCCGAGAACGUCGUCGUCACCGAGGCAGCGCCUCCUGCCACGCCGAGCCGCCGCGUGGUGGCCACGGCGCGCAAGCAGGGGCGGGACGACGAUGACGGCGACGUUGAGGAGGAAACGACGCGUGCGGGACGAGCCCUGCGGGCGGGUGGUGAUGGCGACGGCGACGGCGCGGCUCCGGCCCUGGCCGGCAAGGCGGUGUUGACGGUGAAGAUCGUGAUGAGGAGGAAGGACGCGGAGGCGCUGGUGGCGAGGCUGAAAGCGCAGAGCGCGCGGGGGGAGCGCAAGGCCAGGAUGGCCUUGCUCAAAGGCGAUCUACGGGCCGGGAGCUGCGGUGGCGGCGGCGCAAGCCCGGCAUGGAGCCGGGUCGCGCGGAGGCCCAUGCUCCCGCCGAUAAAGGAGAACAGGUUUGAGCGCAUCACAGCAGUGGUGUGA